AUGGCUUUGGACCCUGCCGAGCAGGAGAGCCAACUUGUGCACCCACUACAUUCUCCUCCUCCUGAACAAGGGUAUUUUGACGACGCAUUGCGCGAAGGCACCGUUGCUUAUCGUGAUACAGGUGGUGGGCAGGGUUUCGACGAUGAUGAUGAACAAAUGGAUGACGUUGAUCCUGUAAUGGAUGGAAUGAUGAUAAAUACUCAAAUGAUGCCUCAGCAAAACCCUUCUCACAACUUUCGGCAAGAGAGUAACGAGUCUUUCGUUGCAGAAACUCAAUUUGCAGAUAUUGAAAUUGACACUCAAUCAAUGCGACAUCAAGAGCAGUCUGUUCAGAAGGACACUCAGAACGCUAGUUUUAGCUCUCGAUCCUUGGUUGAAGAAACUCAGUACGCAGAUAUUGAGAUGGAUACUCAGGCCACUGAAAAUACUGCUCAGUUUGUAAAAUCUAAUCCAUCAUCUCAAAACCAAGCGAUCCAGGGGAACGAUCAACCAGUCAACAAUUCCAUUUGUCCCACCAAUAUGUCACCACCCAAACUUUUUUCCAGGCCAGCAAUUGCGGCAGACCCCGCCUUCAAAUAUGCUAUUGCACCAAAUGCAAAGAAGAAUCUUAAAUCGGCAGUUCAGAAUCCACCCAUUCGAAAAGUUGCAGAUCAAUCGGAGAGAUCUGCCAACAAUCUACUCCCAUCACUGGAAGCUAUGCCCACGCCCGAAACAUGUGCUGAACCAUCGACACAGCCUGUACAACCUACGCGAAUAGUGCCUUCUAAGGAUUAUAAUAUUUUUGCACUCAAUCCUGUGUCUGGUAUUCGUACUCAUCCAUUUGUCAAGGCAUCAGUAGAGAAAGAAGAGGCUCCUACCGUUCAAGAUACUUCAGUGGUCAAGCAUUCAUCCAAUGCUCGCAAUCUACCGUCAAUGAAUAUGGUACAUCAUAUGAGAAAAAUGCCCCCUAAGAUUCGCAACGCUUCUACACACCACUCAGCGGGCGAUGUUCGAUCCGGUCCAUCUAACAAGGUAUUGAUUCCAGAAAAUUUGCUUCCAGUUGUUCAAAAUUCUUCAGCGGCCAACCCUCCCAAUCAAACGCAAACUGAACAUUUGGUAAAUCAAUUACCUCGGACCGAACAACUGCUUCCGGCUUCUCAUGGCAUCGUCUUGCCGUCUGUAGAUAAACUUGACUUGUUGAAAAAUGCGCAGAGAUCUAAUGAUGCAAAUGGGUUACCAGUGCCCAAACCUUCUCACAGUGAUGUACAAUCGACUGUGAUAUUCCCACCUCAACAAAUAACCUCAACUUCAAUCCAUGCUCCGCAACGUUCCAGAAUGAGACAAAAGUCUUCAAACCAAUUGAACCGUUUCAGUGCGAAGACCAAAUUCAAUGUCAAGGGCAACAUGGUCAAAAAAGGGCCAUUUCCAGAGGCUGAUUUGGAUCAACCAAAAGGACAAGUACAUCGGGAUAGACUCGACAAGACUCAAGUACCGCCUUCACAAUCAAAAAAACAAUCCCAAUACUCUGAAGCUCAGUUGGCUGGGAAAGAGUUGUCCACUCGGAUCCAUGCAACUGCAGAGUUAUCGAAUUCUGGGAGAUCACCCACCGAAGAUAAUCCCACUCAAAACGAUCAGCUUCGAGGACGGGCUAUUCAGUCAGUAACAAAUCCUGCUUCCAUCCCACAUUCUCGGAUUAACGACUCGAAUGCUAGAACGGAAGAUCCAACCAUGACAUCUGUAGUAUAUGAAGAAAGCCUACCCCCAGAAGACUCAAGGAACCCUGGUCAAUUCAGUCCAGUACCCCAGUUUCAAUCAGAUCAUCAAAUGGCUCGUUCUAAUCAGCAUACAUCAAUUUGUGUAGAGCCUGCCCGCCCUGUGUCACGAGCAAAUAUGUCUCGACCUCAGUCACGACCCAAUUCAUCUCGAUCUCAGCCAACGGCGCGAACUCAGGCUGGACAUCAGACUCAGCGAAAACCCAUGAUCAGGCCAGUAUCAUCACAUGAGCUUGAUCCUCAGGGUGUGUCUGGGUCAAUACCGAGCCGCACUGGCCGUACUAAGGUUGCUAAAAUAACAACUGUGCAUUCUCGAGGUGACCAGAUUCAACCAUCUGAAACUGGAGAUCAUAUCAGUAGCCAGCAGGAGAGAUCUCGCAUAGAUCUUGGCGCGGUCCACAAUGUUAUUCAUGAGUUUUCGAUGCAACAAUCGCUUAUCGAAGAUCAAAAAACUGAUAUCUUAAGACUCAAUGCCAAGCUGCAAGACACGGAAACCAGAUUGCAAGAUAACUUUGCGAUCAAUGCAGAAUUGAAGGCGGAAAAGAAUGAGCUGUCAAAGAGAGUUGAGAGAUUGAAUGAUCUGUCCAACCAUUACAGAGUCCAUUUUAAUGAAAUUGUCGUGUGCCAAAAGUCUCUCAGGGGUGAUUCAACAGAGAUGAAGAAAGCGAUGAGAGAUUUGGAAGUAGAUUUGUUACUCAAAAACGAAGAUACUAAGGGUAGAGAAGUUCAGGAAACCAGGAUGCGCAACCUAUUGGAGGAAAUCAAGCAGGUUCAAAAAGAACAAAACCAGCGGGACUCGAGGAAUGCAGACUUUGAAACUUUGGAGCAACAGAUCAAUCAGCUUGAGCGUGUUAAUGAACUCCUCAAAGUUGAUGUUAACUUGAAGCUGGUUGAACUCCAACGAGAACGCUUUACAAUCGAGCAACUUCAAAAGCAAAUGGCCAGUGGUGAGGUUGUUCGUCACAAAGAGGUCAUGGAUAUACUUCAGAAACCUCAAGUUGAUACGCUUGGAGGACUCACCAAAGAAGGUGGAAUCCUUAACAAAGUUUUAAAUUCUAGCGAAGGAGCUCAAAAGAAGUUAGACGAAAUGUCAAAAACCAUCACAAAUACUCUCAAUCAAAAAUUGGAGUGGCCACAGACUCUGACAAAGAUUCUCGAGGAAUUUUACUCUAAAAUUCAGACGACGCUUGACGACAACGGUAGCAAGGAGGCCAUUUUCCAGGAGUCGACUGUCAAGCUCUUUGAUGACAUUAAAGAACGUCUCAAUCAAGUCAAUGAUGAUCUGGAUGAGAAAACCAGGCUCAGUGAGCAACUCAACACGCUUCGAGAGAACAAUGCCACUCUCAAAGCGAAUUUAAACUCAAAGGAAGCAGAAUCGGAGACAAAUAUCGCUCGGUUGAACGAGCUAACACGGGAACUUACAGAUGUCCGUUCGCAAUUAAUGAGUAAGAUCGAACAAUUAUCGAUCUCAACUGCUCAACCGAGAGAGGACCCGGAAAUGAAGAAAAAGGUCGAUGAUUUGGCCAUUGAGACCUCAAAGCUACAAAUCCUCCUCACCACUGCAAACAAUGAUAAACGUCAGGCCGAGAAUGACUCACAAACUCAUCAAGCCACAAUUACUUCUACGCAAAAUCAAUUAUGCAAGACGGAGGACGAACUGCGAGUAGCUGAGUCUGCCUUGGAAACAUUGCGAGAAAACAAUCUAAAUUUUCAAAAAGAUUGCAAAUUGGCUACUGAAAGAGUACGACAAGAGACCACACAGCUCGCGUUAUCUCAGAGAAAAGAUUUAAUUGCCCAGCAUGACAUCAUCGUGAAAGACCUUAAACACAAGCAAGCAGAACUUCAGCAAAGAUUACAAGCAGCAAACGAGGAAUCAAAGACAUCUAAAGAGACUACUGAUGAACAUGCGAAGACUAAUAGCAAACUCGAGUCAGAAAUAGCUACAUACAAGGACCAGCUAUUACAGCAAAAGCUCCAACUUCAAAGCUUAGAGGAAAGUCCUAUCUCCGUUCCUCAAUUGCUGAAACAAAAGAAAGAGCACGAACAAGAGAUGUUAUCGAAUCGCCAAGAGCGGGCCAAUCAACUUGCGUUAUCGCAGGCUUGUCGAGAUGAAAAUGUUAAGUUUAAGGGUGAAAUUGAAGGUGCCCAGAAGAGACUCCGUAUCAUGGAUGAAAAAAAUGAGCAUUUGAAGAAGGAGAAUGACCGAUUGCGGCAGCGUUUGGACAGUAUAAAUGCGAUGGCAGGAAACAGUCAAAAUGUUCUCGACGGCUCCGGCCGUAUCGUCGAGUCUCGACUACCUACACGCAGACCUGCUGAGCGGAGAUCCAGCAAUGUCCAUAAUCAGCGUAAUGAUGAAAUCAGGGGGGGCGAUCAGCGUAAAGCUCCAGAUUUCAGUACUAGUGUAGUACUCACAUCAUCCUCUUCACGAGCAUAUGGCGACAUUAAUGGCGAAAGCCAAACUCCGAUCAAACCCUUUUCCACUAUCACUUCUCUAGGGUCAAGCCCUUUAACUGAGUUGGAAGAUAUCAUGCCACAGGUACAAUCUGCACAUACCCGUGAGGAACUCCAGCGAGUAUAUAAUAAGAAUCGUCAGGUGUCGAGCGAUAAGAUUGCACACAGGGAGAGCGUGGUUCAAUCAAAGUACUAUCUUCAUAGGGAAGAAGAUCUUGACACUCCGAGUUCCAAGCUCAACAAAGUCAUGCUUGCAGCCGAAGGAGAAUUAGUAGAUACGUCAAACCAAGCACCUAGGACCAUUCCCUCGGUUGCACAAGAAUCACACCAACGCCGAGUGAACAAACCACUGAGAUCAGCUUUGAAGAAGAACGACCAUCAGGAUCCUCCUAUUAAUCUAAGUAGCUCGCAGGAUCAAGGCAGAAAUCAAAAGGAUGGGAGAGCAACUGCAACUUUCGAAAAGCCGGCGCCAAAAACCAAUCGCGGUCUUGAUAAUAGUCUUCAGGCGAUGUCCAGAACUGGUGCCAGCAGCUACAAUCGUAUUGCAAGUGGAAAGCCGAACAUUACUGGUUCGAGGGCACCAGAAGAACUUUCAAGGGCUGUACCUUUGUAUGAGCCAAUACCAGAGAUUAGGCGGAAUGCAAUGAAGAGAGCGAGAUCGUUUUCAUCCCUUGUCGCUCAGAGCAUGCAGCCAAUCAAACCAGCGAAAGCACCAAGGCUGAAUCUUUGUCAACCGAUAAACAAAACGAUUAUUCCAGACUCUCAAGAUCGAUCAUGA